UGUCCCUCUUGGCUCACCGUAGAACAGGAAGCAGUUUCACAAGCAGCCGGUCGGCGUGACUUUGACAUCUACAGCAGCUCACGAUGCGGCUUCUGAGAGCAGCAUCAGCCUUAACUCAGCGACACCUGCACAACAAGAGACAGGUGCUGGUCAGCUGUCGCUCCUGCUCGAAUGGCCUCACACCGAACGAGCGGAUCAGGAACAUCGGCAUCUCUGCGCACAUCGACUCCGGGAAGACCACGCUGACCGAGAGAGUGCUGUACUACACCGGGAGGAUCGCAGAGAUGCACGAGGUCAGAGGGAAGGAUGGAGUGGGAGCGAUCAUGGACUCCAUGGAGUUGGAGAGACAGAGAGGAAUCACUAUCCAGUCCGCUGCCACAUACACCAGGUGGAGAGAUCACAACAUCAACAUCAUCGACACGCCAGGUCACGUGGACUUCACCAUCGAGGUGGAGCGGUCUCUGCGUGUGCUGGACGGAGCGGUGCUGGUGCUGUGUGCCGUCGGAGGAGUGCAGUGUCAGACCAUGACCGUCAACCGGCAGAUGAAGCGCUACGGUGUACCCUUCCUCUCCUUCAUCAACAAACUGGACCGCCAGGGUGCCAACCCCAGCCGAGCGCUGCAGCAGCUGAGGACUAAACUAAAUCAUAAUGCAGCGUUCAUCAACAUUCCCAUCGGACUGGAAGGAAAUCUGCGAGGGAUCAUUGAUCUGAUCGAGGAGCGCAGCAUCUUCUUCGAAGGCCCUUUCGGUCAGAGCAUUCGUUUCGACGAGAUCCCGGCAGAGAUGCGCGCCGAGGCGGCGGACCGCAGACAGGAGCUGGUGGAGUGUGUGGCUAACGCCGAUGAGACGCUGGGAGAGAUCUUUCUGGAGGAGAGAGUUCCCACAGUGGAUGAUAUCAAGGCUGCUGUGCGCAGGGCGACUAUCCAGCGGGCCUUCACCCCGGUCCUGGUGGGCAGUGCCCUGAAGAAUAAAGGAGUUCAGCCGCUGCUGGACGCUGCGCUGGAGUAUCUGCCCAACCCCACCGAGGUCAAGAACUACGCCAUCCUGAACGAGGAGGCGUCUAGUGACGGCUCCAGGAUCCUGAUGGACCCCACGAGAGACGACACGCAUCCGUUCGUCGGCCUGGCCUUCAAGCUGGAGGCGGGGCGCUUCGGGCAGCUGACGUACGUGCGCGUGUAUCAGGGCUGUCUGAGGAAGACGGAGUACAUCCACAACACCCGCACGGGGAAGAGGGUGAGGGUGCAGAGACUGGUGCGGCUCCACGCUGAUCAGAUGGAGGACGUGGAGGAGGUGUAUGCUGGAGAUAUCUGCGCUCUGUUCGGCAUCGACUGUGCCAGUGGAGACACCUUCACCGCCCGCACCAAUGCCAACCUCUCCAUGGAAUCCAUUCACAUCCCUGAUCCUGUGAUCUCCAUGGCCAUAAGAGCCUCCAACAAGAACGACAUGGACAAGUUCUCCAAGGGAAUCAAUCGCUUCACCAGAGAAGACCCCACGUUUAGAGUCCACUUUGACACGGAGAGCAAGGAGACCAUCAUCUCGGGCAUGGGAGAGCUGCAUCUGGAGAUCUACUCGCAGAGGAUGGAGAGGGAAUACAACUGUCCCUGUGUGAUGGGCAAACCCAAAGUGGCCUUCAGAGAGACGGUGACCAGCGCUGUGCCGUUUGACUUCACUCAUAAGAAGCAGUCUGGAGGCUCGGGUCAGUACGGUAAGGUCAUUGGUGUCCUGGAGCCGCUGGACCCCGAGAAUUACACGAAGCUGGAGUUCAGUGACGAGACCGUCGGUACCAACAUCCCCAAACAGUUUGUGCCCGCUGUAGAGAAGGGCUUCAGGGAAGCGUGUGAGAAGGGUCCUCUGACAGGACACAAGAUAUCUGGAGUGCGUUUCAUCCUGGAGGACGGAGCUCAUCACAUGGUGGACUCGAACGAGAUCUCCUUCAUCCGGGCAGGAGAGGGCGCUGUAAAACAGGCGCUUGAGAAGUCCAGCGUGGUGAUUCUGGAGCCGGUCAUGUCUGUGGAGAUCGUGGCCCCCAAUGAGUUCCAGGGGGCCGUUAUUGCAGGGGUCAACCGUCGUCACGGGGUCAUCACGGGACAGGACGGGGCCGAGGGCUACUUCACACUCUACGCUGACAUCCCGCUGAACGACAUGUUCGGAUACUCGACCGAGCUGCGCUCCUGCACCGAGGGUAAAGGCGAGUACACCAUGGAGUACAGCAGAUAUCAGCCCUGUCUGCCCUCCGUACAGGAAGAUCUGGUCAACAAACACCUGGAGGCCACGGGACAGCUGCCCGCCAAGAAGAGCAAGUGGAAGAACUGAAGCCUGCACACAGUCCAGAUCUGAUUUAAACUCUGCAGGAUCCGCUUGGGUCAUGCUCUGUAAAUGUAUUUGUACAGCGAAUGAUUGCAAAUGUAGUAAAAUCAUGAUCCGUUUAAA